GAGAGCGUGGAAGAAAAUAUUCUGACAUUUCUGACUGUAGACAUGACGCCAAGUACUCACGAGGAGAUCAUCUGUGGGGAAUCGUCGAUGAAAGCCCAUACGUUGAAGAUUUUAUGUGUGGGACGCGUUUGCCUUGACAUCGUCCACGUGUGCAUGCAAUAUCCUUCGGAGGAUUCUACUCAAAGAUCUAGUAAUUACAGAUGGCAAAGAGGGGGCAAUGCAUCCAAUACUUGUACUGUACUAUCAUUAAUAGGACAACCAUGUGAGCUUCUGGCAUGCUUGAGCGCAGAUGAACAUAUUGAUUUUCUGCAAAACGAUCUGCGCAAGUAUAAAAUUGACUAUUCCCAUUGUCCUAUGAUAAAUGGCAUUGGAUGCCCCGUCUCAAGUAUUAUAUUGAGUUCGGACACUGGAUCUCGCACAAUUAUUCAUCAUAAUUGUUUACCCGAAUUGACGUUAAAGAAUUUCGAGCAACUUAAUUUAGAGGAAUAUAGUUGGAUUCAUUUUGAGGGAAGGCAUAUAGAUGUAAUGCUACUUAUGAUACAGCGUAUAGAUAAUUAUAAUAAUUCAUUUAAUUGUGAUCUCGCUACAAAAAACCGCAUGCCAAUUACAAUUAGUGUAGAAUUAGAAAGUCCCAGAUCAGGUUCCGGAUUAUUGAAUCUAUUGUCGUACGUUGACGUAGCAUUUAUAGCAAAAGAAUUUGCUGAGUAUCUGGGUUUCAGUAAUAUGAACGAAGUGAUACAUAACAUCGGCCAAGAUUCUAAAGGAGCUAUUAUUUGUGCUUGGUCGGAUAAAGGUGCAAUCGCUCGUACUCCAUGUGGCUCAAUAGUACAAUCGCCAGCUUUCCCACCUCGAAAAGUAAUCGAUACUUUAGGUGCAGGUGAUACAUUUAAUGCAGCUGCUCUGUAUUAUUUGAACAAAAGCAAAGUUGAAUUUAUGCAUAAAUAUAAAGAAGAAGCAGCUUGUACGAAUGAUAAUCAAAUGAAAGAUGCCUCUGAUAAUAAUACUGCAAUUAAGCGAGAUAUUAAGGAAAAUUUAGGUAUAAGAAGUUCGGGAUACAAUCGAGCAAAAUUUAUUAAUAAAACAGUUCUACAACAGGCUAUUAAAUUUGCAUGCUGCAUUGCUGGAGCAAAAGUAGGGUUGAGAGGAUACGAUUGCCUUGAUACAAUUUCUAGUGAUAUUUUACGCGAUCAAAUUUUUUAGAAAAUUAACAGAAUAUAUUUUUGAAGUUUUUUAUUUAGGCUCAUA